AUGGAGUCAGGCAACUUAUCUGUUCUGGCCACUCGUAUAGCUAGAGCUAGCUACGGGGUCAUUGUGAAGGAGGUGUAUUCUUCUGCUAAACACUUUGAUGAGGAUAUUCAUGACGACCCAUUUGACCCAGCGCAGAAGUGGGCAGUCAACCAGAUACAAUGGCUAAUCAAGAAGGUCAGAGGCUACGGCGGUGACGUCCAGUGA